GAAAGAAUGUCAGUCAAGAGCAGCAAUCAAAGAGAAUUUGCAAAUAUCUAAGGCCAUGAUUGAGACCUUUACAACAUAUAUUGGAACAAUACAGGACAAUGUAGAAAAGGUCAGAUUAUUCACAGGUCUGAAUGUACAAGAACUAUUGAUCCCUGAACAUUCACCUCCUGAUCCAUACCAGUUCAAACCCUGUGAGAUAAUACACAAUCGAAUUAUAUUUGGCAGUCUGUAUCAUAAAAGGGAUGAUAAUAGGAUGCCUAGUAUGAGUAUGCUUGAUCACUUCUUUGAGAGUCAACCAACAGAGUUCACCAAAGAAACCCCAAUGAGUAUUUCAAGUGAGCAAAGGAGUGAAGAGUCAAUGAGUAUUUCUGAGAGUGGUUCCAUGGUCCAACCUCAACCUGAGAUGCCUCUUCCAAUGCCUACACAGAAAUAUCUACAAAAACCAAUUGUUAGAAAGGAGACCAAUCUGUCUAUAAGCUCAUCUGAAAAUGUUGUUUUUGAUAUAGCUGAGGUUGAUACUUCAACACGAGUUGCAGUAAGAGAAGAGGAAGUCCUGUUCUACAACAACUCAGAGUUAACAAAUACAAUACAUGGCAGAAUGAGGCAGGCAGCUAUUACACCUGACAAUUGCAUUGCACUAACCAACCUCACAGAUGUGAUAAGCAUCUAUGACAAGAAGGGUGUACACAAACCAGACAUUAAGAUUCCCUUCACUAACCUGUAUGGAAUUGCAUGUAAUGCCAAUGGAGAACUUGUGGUCAGUGACUGGAAGACAGGGACUGUGGCUCACAUAGACUAUAAUACUGGGACAGUUGUGACUACAACCCCAAAAGGAUUAUUUCAAACACCUUCUUCUGUUGCUGUCAACCUGGACAAUGAUGUAGUAGUGGCUGAUCUCACCAAGCAUUGUAUCACAGUAAUAGACAGGUAUGGCAAUAAGAAAAUGGAGUAUGGUACUGAGGGGUUUGAUGAUGGGCAGCUCAA